AGUGGAAUGACUUGGACAAAUUACAAGACUUGUUGGGUUUCUUUCUUUUUCAGUUUUUUUUUUUUUUGGGUUUUCUCCUCUUCUCUUCUCUCCCAAAUAUGGGUAUAAGAAACUGCCAUAUCCAAGCUGCAGGUCUCAAUCUGUGUUUUCAAGCUCCAACCUUCAUUGAAUGGCUCAAGCCAUCAUCAUCUUCUUCUUCUUCUUCUUCAUCUGCAAUUUCACCACAACUUCUUCUUAUUCAUCAACCCUCUGGUAACAAAAACGACACCAUGAGCUUCUUGAAAUUCCCAGCAGUAAUUGAAACUCCACAUCAACUGCAGGAAAGAGUGGACGAUCAUGAUGAAGAAACCCUCCAAUGCUUGCCGCUUCUGAGCAAGCUGAUGGAGGCGAAAGGCGGCGGCGUCAAGGAGGAAGAAAGGGAUGAUGAUGAGGAGGAGGAGGAGGAGAAAGUGGCGGUGGCUUUGCAUAUAGGGCUGCCGGAUUCUGGGGGCGAGGAGGCUAAACCCAUCAACGUUUUCAAGGCGGAGGAGGAAGAGAGCGUGAAGAAGAGAAGAAGGGCGGUGGUUGUUGAUGGCGAUAAUGGAUGCAAGUUCAACAGUGAGAGUAGGUUUUGGAUCCCCACACCCACCCAGAUUCUUGUUGGCCCUAUGCAGUUUGCUUGUAACAUUUGCAGCAAAACCUUCAAUAGGUAUAACAAUAUGCAGAUGCAUAUGUGGGGACAUGGUUCAGAAUUCAGGAAGGGACCAGAAUCCCUGAGAGGAACACAGCCAGCAGCAAUGCUAAGGCUGCCAUGCUAUUGCUGCGCAGCAGGGUGCAAGAACAACAUAAACCACCCAAGAGCCAAGCCAUUGAAGGACUUCAGAACCCUGCAGACACACUACAAAAGGAAGCAUGGGUCUAAGCCCUUUACCUGCAGGAAAUGUGGCAAAACCUUUGCUGUCAAAGGGGAUUGGAGGACCCAUGAGAAGAACUGUGGCAAGCUCUGGUACUGCACCUGUGGUUCAGACUUCAAGCACAAGAGAUCCCUCAAAGACCACAUUAGAUCUUUUGGGAAAGGCCACUCCCCCCACCCCUCCCUCGAGGGCUUCGAGGAUGAAAAGGAGGAGUUGAUGAUGACCGACGAGGAAGAAACUCACUCCAAAUCGGGAAAUUCUUACCUACUCUAAGAUCAUACAGAUCAGUCGAUCAGGUGCAAACUUUUAGAGUAAGUAAGAAUUUCUUGGGGAGUGAUGAAUGGAGUUUUAGUUUUUUUGGUGGUUAAAAGGUACGUUCGCCCAGGCAUUUGCUCGGUAACAAAAAAUUCUCAACAUUGAUGAGUUUCCUUUUAUGGAAAUUGUUGAUUGGGAGUGGUUUGUUAUGGAGCAAUUGCUAGGUGGUGAGCAUGAAUGAAUGCAUAUUUGGUUUAAUUUUGUGCAAAUUAAAAUAAGGGUUGUUUGUUGAUUAGCUAAUUAAGAGUCAUGAAGCUGGCAAAUUUUCUUCUAAUCUGUGCUAAACUUUAUAAUUAACAACCUAAUUAACAAGCUUUUUAUGAUGUAAUAACCCUUUUGUAAUGGGGAAAAUUUGUCAGCUUCAUAUUGCUUAUUGAUCAUCAUCAUCAUCAUAGUAUUGUAUGGACUGUGUAUUGUGUUUUGUUAAGGAAUAUAUCAGUUACAUUAUUGUCAA